GGCGGGGAGCGAGCGAGGCUGAGCCGGCGGGCGAGGCCGGUGUCCAACCCGCCCCCCAACCCCACUCUCCCAGCCGCGGCGCCCGGGGCCUCGGUCCACCCCGCGGGGAGGACCAACUUCGCCAGGUGACUCUUCCCACAGGAUGAAUUAAGAGAAGAGGACCCUUAGUCAUUAAGAAUGGAGAACAGCGUGUCAGUGUCCAGUAUGCAGAACACUUCAUCCUCACCCUUGGAAAAACAUCAGAGCUCAGCUGAUCGUAACGGAGAUCUUGAUUCAGAAGAAGGCUCAAGCUUGGAGGAAACCGGCUUUAACUGGGGAGAGUAUUUGGAAGAGACGGGGGCCAGUGCAGCUCCUCACACCUCGUUCAAACAUGUUGAGAUCAGCAUUCAGAGCAACUUCCAGCCGGGGAUGAAACUGGAGGUAGCCAACAAGAAGAACCCGGACACAUACUGGGUGGCCACAGUCAUCACCACCUGCGGGCAGCUGCUGCUUCUGCGCUACUGUGGUUACGGGGAGGACCGCCGGGCCGACUUCUGGUGUGAUGUGGUGAUCGCGGAUCUGCACCCCGUGGGGUGGUGCACGCAGAACAACAAGACCCUAAUGCCCCCGGAUGCAAUCAAAGAGAAGUACACAGACUGGACAGAAUUUCUCAUUCGGGACUUGACUGGCUCCCGGACGGCCCCAGCCAGCCUCCUGGAAGGUCCUCUGCGAGGGAAAGGCCCUAUAGACCUCAUUACAGUUGAUUCCUUAAUAGAGCUCCAGGAUUCUCAGAGCUGUUUUCAGUACUGGAUAGUUAGUGUCAUUGAGAAUGUUGGAGGAAGAUUACGCCUUCGCUAUGUGGGAUUGGAGGACACUGAAUCCUAUGACCAGUGGUUGUUUUACUUGGAUUACAGACUUCGACCAGUUGGUUGGUGUCAAGAGAAUAAAUACAGAAUGGACCCCCCUUCAGAAAUCUAUCCUUUGAAGACGGACUCAGAAUGGAAAUGUGCUCUGGAGAAAUCCCUCAUUGAUGCUACUAAGUUUCCUCUUCCGAUGGAAGUGUUUAAGGACCAUGCAGAUUUGAGAAGCCAUCUCUUCACAGUUGGGAUGAAGCUAGAAGCAGUGAACAUGAGGGAGCCCUUUCACAUCUGUCCUGCAUCAGUGACCAAGGUUUUUAACAAUCAUUUUUUUCAAGUGACUAUUGAUGACCUCAGACCAGAACCUAGUAAACUCUCGAUGCUGUGCCACGCGGAUUCUUUGGGGAUUUUACCAGUACAGUGGUGCCUUAAAAACGGAGUCAAUCUCACACCUCCCAAAGGGUACUCUGGCCAGGACUUCGACUGGGCAGGUUAUCACAAGCAGCACGGGACAGAAGAAGCGCCUCCCUUCUGCUUCAGAAACACAUCAUUCAGUCGGGGCUUCACGAAGAACAUGAAACUUGAAGCCGUGAACCCCAGGAAUCCGGGAGAACUCUGCGUGGCCUCUGUCGUUGCUGUGAAGGGGAGGUUGCUGUGGCUUCACCUGGAAGGCCUGCAGAGCCCGGCUCCGGAGUUCAUCGUUGACGUCGAGUCCAUGGACAUCUUCCCCGUGGGCUGGUGUGAAGCCAACUCCUACCCUCUGACCACACCGCACAAGACAGUCCCACAAAAGAAGAGAAAGAUCGCCGUCGUGCAGCCGGAAAAACAAUCGCCAUCCUCAGUGCCUGUUGAGAAAAUACCUCAUGACCUUUGUUUAUAUCCUCACCUGGACACCACAGGUACCGUCAAUGGGAAGUACUGCUGUCCUCAGCUUUUCAUCAACCACAGGUGUUUCUCGGGCCCCUACCUCAACAAGGGGAGGAUCGCAGAGCUGCCGCAGUCGGUGGGGCCAGGCAAAUGCGUGCUGGUCCUUAAAGAGGUUCUCAGCAUGAUCAUCAACGCAGCUUACAAGCCCGGACGGGUGUUACGGGAACUGCAGCUGGUGGAAGACCCACACUGGAAUUUUCAGGAGGAGACGCUGAAGGCCAAGUACAGAGGCAAAACAUACAGGGCCGUGGCCAAGAUCGUCCGAACAUCUGACCAAGUAGCAGAUUUCUGCCGCCGGGUGUGUGCCAAGCUCGAAUGCUGUCCAAAUUUGUUCAGUCCUGUGCUGGUUUCUGAAAACUGCCCAGAGAACUGCUCCAUUCACACCAAAACCAAAUACACUUAUUAUUAUGGGAAGAGAAAGAAGAUCAUUAAGCCCCCAAUUGGGGAAAGCAACGUUGAAAGCGGACACCCUAAACCGGCCCGACGCAGGAAACGACGAAAAUCCAUUUUUGUGCAGAAGAAGCGGAGGUCCUCUACCGUGGACUUCGCCGCAGGCUCCGGGGAGGAAAGCGAAGAGGAGGAUGCGGACGCCCUGGACGACGACACCGGGAGUGAGGAGACCGGCUCCGAGCUCCGUGAUGACCAGACAGACACGUCCUCAGCUGAGGUGCCCUCUGCCCGGCCCCGGAGGGCCGUGACCCUGAAGAGCAGCUCAGAGCUCGCGCGCCGGGCGCCUGUAGAGAGGACGCGGAGGGGCCGGAGGGUGCAGGCCACCCCUGGCACCGAGGGGACCCCCGGGGGCCCGGCUGCCAGCCAGGAAGCAGCGGAGGAGAUGAAGCAAGAGGAGGAGGAGAGGCUGGUUCUGGAGAGCAACCCGUUGGAGUGGUCCGUGACAGACGUGGUGCGGUUCAUCAAGCUCACGGACUGCGCCCCCCUGGCCAAAAUAUUUCAGGAGCAGGACAUCGACGGCCAGGCGCUCCUCUUGCUGACCCUCCCCACGGUGCAGGAGUGCAUGGAGCUGAAGCUGGGGCCCGCCAUCAAGCUGUGCCAUCAGAUCGAGAGGGUCAAGGUUGCCUUCUAUGCCCAGUAUGCCAACUGAGCGCGCCCCCCGCGCGGAGGCCGCCCGCCGCCGCCCCGGUGAUGCCGGGUCCCGUCUCGGGACUGGAACUUUGGUUUUCCCGGGACGCGUGAGACGGUGCGCACGCAGAGUGUUUCCUCCGCCCGUCGAGUGUCUCCUCCGCCCGCCAGCCUGCUCGAUGUUUCUGUGUUUCCAAAGCACCCGAGCCCGGCAGCAGGGCUCCUGGAGCGUGUGAAUCAAAGCUCGUCCGCCGCGGGUGUGGACGCGCGGCUCUGCAGACCACACCCCGCAUCUCUCCCGACCGCACCCCGCAUCUCUCCCGCCCCAAACCAGGCAGCUUCCUCGGAACAAGGUUUCCUAAACCAAGGCCCACACAUCCUCAAACCUAAGGCGCGCGUGAUGCCUUUUCCGUCGUGACCCAGGAGGAGGCAUCGCUGGUGGCUUUGCUGCAGUUGUUCCCAGGCACGUCCAUAGAUACUUCUUUCAGGUUGAUACAUGUGUGGCUGCCACCACAGUUUGAUCUGGUGGCAACUCUGUUCUCACGCACAGCUCUAGGCGAUGUUUCAGGGUGGCAGUUAGCAAAGGAGGGACUCUGCCUGUCGGAGGAGCCUUCAGGAAGGCAGAGAAGCACGACAGGGAGACGGGCAUCCAGGAAGUCUGCAGGGAGGAGGUGUGCUUGCAGCCUGUGCAGAACCUGCGAGAUCUCCGACCUUCUGAUGCCACUGCGGCCAAGUCAGCGAGGCUCUCCUCUAGUCUCUUGGGCACGUGGAGUUGUGUAGCAAAGGCAGAGCUCCAUUCCAGAGAGCAGGAAUGGGGGAAGCUUGAGGGAAGCUGUUGAUACACCAGCUCCUCCCCUUAGAGGGACACUGCACCCCCACCUCGGCACAUGUGUCCCCCACAGGGUGAGGGGCACGGGCCCCGGAGGCAGCCCCACACCCUCCUGGCUCAGCCAGUGACUGACCCCAUCAUCUAGGGUGACUUUGAAUCACCCUGGACCUCCUUGCGGUAAAGGGACAGGUUUGAACUCUUACACGAGUGGCAGUGACUCACAUCCCCUUGUCCCCAUCCUGCUCUUGCUGUCCGGGAAGGGUCCACAUUGGCCAAAAUGAGAAGAAGAGAGUUACUGUGUCACUCCUGCAACUCAGUCUGGCUCUGGUUUCCUUAGGACAUUUAUUGGUAGUUUUAUUAAGUUGGUUCAGUCAUUGGUACAGAGAUCCGUGGUUCUGGGGACCGGCUGGUCUUUUGUACCAGGGGCUUCCUCUUUGUGCACCUGGGAUGGAUCUGAUAGUUUUUAGUCCCAAACGGACCACUGUAUUCUGUGCUGGUCGUUGCCCAAAUGGCUUUUUCAUUUGUGCGAGGGAGCUCCGCCUCGACGUUGCCUGGGAAAAGCGGGGGCUGCACACCCUUCUCUUCCUUUUUGACCACAAUUACCUUGACCUUUUCUCUCUGACGAGAGUGGCAGCAAUUCCAGGGAUGACAUCCUGGGUCGGCUGAUGAGCUGCUCCUGUUCCUGCGACAUACGAGGCCUGGUUACCUGUCAGAUCUUGAGAGGCCCCGUCACUAAGGCCAGCCUUUGUCAAUAUCUGUCACCAUUACAGAUGAAAGGAAAACAUACAUCAGUGGUUGAGACUGUCGUCUCGCUUGUAGCUGAUCCUGUCAGGUUCAAACGUUUGGCAGCGGACUUGCCUGCACGCCUCUGCUGAGAGGCCCAGCGGCCUGGCCCAUGCAGACGGGCAGCAUCCGUGGGGAUUCCAGCCUGGCCUGCGGUCUGAUGUCUCUUUGGUUCCCCACCUCUGCCUCCUCAGCCACCUGCUUUUGGCCUUAAACGCUCAGUCCCUUGGAGUUCAAUGCUGUCAACCAGUUGGAAAGGGCAUCCUUUUCAAGGUCAUGGGCAUUUUCCCGCCGCUGGCUCAUUUGUGAUCCUUCACUGUGGCAUUUUCGAGCUGAGCUCUUCCCGUCGCAUGUGGGACAGGAAUGAAGGGAUGAGGGGGCUACAGCGUCACACGGUCCUUUCAGGAUGAAUGUCACCUUCUUGUGCCCAUUCCAGGAAUGGGACAGAAGAGAGGGUCCUACGUGGGCAUAAGUGGCUCUCCAGGGGGCCGUGAGGCGGUCCCUGGAACCCACCUGGAGGAGCUGGAGGCCUCCCGCCCAGCAGCCCGGGGGAGACACGGCCACCAUCGCUGGGGAAGCGUCCUCUUCCCAAGGGGCUGGGUGCCCAGAACUCUCCUCCUUCUCAGUCUUUUUGUGGCUUCCUCCCCGUCAGCCCCCUGCGCUCUGCGUGUGCCUGGUGGGGAGACGACGGUGGCCAGCUCAGAGGAGGCCCGGCUCUGGGGUGAGCGUCCUAAAGGCUGUCUGUGGGCCAUCUCCCCGCCCUUCUGGGAGCCAAGAAGUUGCUUUUGCUCUGGUUGUUGCCAGCGUUGCCCUCCAACUCAGAUUCUCGGGGGAUUUCCGUGAUGGGGCCUGUGCUUCUUCACGUCAGCAGGGAUUGGGCUGCAGAAGUGUCAGGUGGUAUUCAUUUCUCUGUAGGACUCACCUCUCACCAGCUUCUGUCUAAGAAAAAGGGCCAGUUUUCAAGGAGCAUUUCACUGUGUUGUUACUGUGUCUUUGUCCCUCGUGGCGGGAAGAGCUGCUCUCACACCGGUAGCCCCCAGUGCACCACAGCCCCUAAGAUACACGUUUCUUGGUUGAAACCCUCGAGCCAGCGAUGCCCCCUCCCCUCUUCAUCCCCAGAUGCCGUGAUCUGAUCUCCCCGCUGUCUCUGGGACGACACUUUGGGACCAGAGUCCGCUCCCCUGUGUACCUGGGUCCUGCACACACCAGACCGCUCAUUACCUCCGGGAACGGGCUGAAAUGCAUUUUCCCCUCCCAGCCACGCAGACCAUGUCGCCUGUACAGUGUGUAUCACUUGAAAAGCAGAAACGCCGCCUCAUCUCUAAGGCUGGGAAUCCAUCACUCGGUCCCGUCCUAAAACUAAUGGAGCUUGUAUCGACCUCUGACCUCCUGACUGCAUUUGUCCUGUGUUAGGAAAAUAUCUUGUCCACAAAAAUAUAACCCUAGAAAGACCAUCAUUCCAGAAGAACUUCUUUCCUUAAAAAAAAUAACAGCAAAACCCCAGUUUCCUUCACCGCAGAGUUGCAUAGCAUGGAGAAAUCCAUCACUUUUAAGAUUAGGAUCAUUUGAUCAAAGUUUGACUCAGAGUGUUUGAGAUGUACAGCUGUUAGGUUGCCUUAUUUGAUCAUAUUUGAAAGAUGAUUUCCUGUGUUUGCUUUGAUUUGUUCCUCCAUAAAUUAAAAUGAGUCAGACCCUUCACACUGCCCCUCCCUGACCCACACUGAAGUCUCUGGAAAAGUUUCUGAUCAGUCUUUGAAGAUUGGUCUCAGUUUCCUUAAUUUGUGUCAUAGCAUCUUGAGUGUUGCUAUCAGGCAAGUUCUGAGAUUUGCCUUUUAUCUUAAACCAGACACCCCUUUCUAAGGGCUGUUCUGCCUUCGUUUUGGAAGCAUUUGGGGUUUCAUACUUCUUUUGUCAAACACCCUUUUGUAUUUAUUGCUGUAGAUAGGACUAUGGAAUCAGUAGUGUUAAUAAGUAAAAGUCUUUGUGGUUUCAGUAUCAUUGUUGCUUUUUUUGGUUAAGAUGGUGAAUCUAGGCUCCAAGUCCUACUCUAUUCUAUCUUUAGAAGGCUGUGACCAAGAGUGCAAUUAUUUGAAGGGAAAAUAGUAAAUUAAGGUAUCUGUAGUUUUUAAGGGAAAAAUAAUCAUUGGAGAGACAUACAUACUGCCCGUGUCUCUUUGGUGCAAUAACUAAGUAGCAAGGGAGGCUCUAUUGACAACAAUUGAAGUCUAAUGAUUCUUUUUCCUUCAUUUAUUCUUUUCUGUUCAAGAGUUUUCUGGAAAUUGCUUUACUCCCUUCAACUUGGUUGAGUUUCUACGUUGGGCGACUCUCAUAGCUUUUAUCACUAGAGGUGAUGUACACGUAUCCCGAACCUGGUGUGACAAGGUCCAGCUGUGCUGUUUUUGACCCACUUAAUUCAUCUAAAAAUUCUAAGUGCUGACACAUGGUGCUGCCUCGUGUUUUGGUUAAGAAACGCAUCUCUGGUUUAGGUGAUCGGUAAUAACACAAUUUCCUGAGCUGCAGACUUUCCGUCGUCUUGGUUUUGUUUAAAAAUGGCUAGGAUACGGUACCAGUGAGUCCCUGUAGGUCAAGACCUACAUCACCAGGCAGAGCGGGUGCUUCGUAUGGACCGAAGAGAUGUGUUGAAGAAAAAGGACAGUUCUAACAAGCAUUUGCUGAAAAUCACUUUACGAUGGGAAAUUGGAGACAAAAUGUUUUAAAUGACAGAAAAAAAUCAUCUCAUUUGUUGUUCAGAAUGGGAGCCAGCAUGAGAUCUAAAAGCAUAAACUACCCCUAGUCGUGAACGUCGAAAGCCCUUUUUACUGCUUUGCAUUCCAGUUUGAAUAGUUUGUAUUGGAAUUUGAUUCAUAUCUUGUGUGUUUUGGUGCAUAAAAGGGAAAAGUUGGUGUUUUACUUUCGAGACUUGCAGGACAAAGGGCAUGUUGUUGGUUUGCUGUAAGAUUGUAUUCUGUAUAUAUGUUUUCAUGUAAAUAAAUGAAAAUCUAUAUCAGAGUUAUAUUUUAAUUUUUAUUCUAAAUGAAAAAAAACCUUUUUACUUGAAAAAAAAUUGUAA